CUGCAGUUCCCAGCGAUCGCGGCGCGGCUGGCCUGCGCAGGCGUAUUGCCGUCUCCAGCCGGAGAGGCGGCUGGCGGGGUUUCCGGUUCCGGGCGCCGACUGUCGGGAGCUUCAUGGAAGCGGCUGCCAAAUGAGAAAUGAGUUGUACCAUAGAAAAGGUUCUGGCUGAUGCAAAAGCGCUGGUGGAACGGCUGAAAGAACAUGACAGUGCAGCAGAGGCUCUCAUUGAACAGACCACUGCCCUUAACAAAAGGGUGGAGGCCAUGAAGCAGUACCAGGAAGAUAUUCAGGAAUUAAAUGAAGUGGCCAGGCACCGACCCCGCUCCACCCUUGUGAUGGGAAUCCAGCAGGAGAACAGACAAAUCCGAGACCUACAACAGGAAAAUAAAGAACUACGGACAUCACUAGAAGAGCAUCAGUCUGCGUUGGAGCUCAUCAUGAGUAAGUACAGGGAGCAGAUGUUCCGUCUGCUGAUGGCCAGCAAAAAAGAUGACCCUCUGAUGAUUACAAAAUUAAAGGAACAGCAUUCCAAGGAACUCCAGGUCCAUGUGGAUAAAAUCAAUGAAAUGGCCACAGUGAUGAGAAAGGCGAUUGAGAUAGAUGAGCAACGCCUGUUCAAGGAGCAAGAGAGAAUUGUCCAAUUAGAAUUUGAAAAUAAAGGCUUGAGAGAAGUGCUGCAGAUAAACAAAGAAUCUUUUCUCUAUCUGAAGGAAGACCUAGCAGAAAAUACAUCAUUAUCCAGCUUAGUGACAAAUGCCAACCUCAGCAUGCGAAAGAGCUGAAAGACUGCUCAAAUCCUUGAGCUUCCACAUAUUAAUCUGUCAGCACGUGUUAAUGUUCUGUCCAAACUGACUGAGCCAGUGCAUCAAAUGGGUACAAAUUAAUGUCAAUUUUUGCAGCUAAAUAGGAGUUUCACACAAGCUAAUUAAACUGACAGGAGUAGCUUACUAUUUUUCAUUGCAUGAUUGACUUUAAUUUUUUAAAAUCUGUUUGUACAUGUUUUUGUUUAAUGCGGCCGGUGCUAUGUUCAGUUUAGGGUCCGGCCUUAUUCCUAUCUGGUUGUCUGCUGGCGUAUGAUUUUUAAAAAAAAAAAAAAUCAACCUCCAUUGCUGCUGCCACCAGAACAG